AAGAAACAAGAAUCACGUCAGGACGUCAAUCCUUUGCGUCGCCGUGGCCCACCAGUGCUAUGAGCACGAAGCUGAAAGAUGGCGAAGGAAGCAGCGUCGGUGGCGAUGCGUCACACACGCGAGGUCCCGACGACAAGCACGUCGAGCCACCGCCUCGGGCAGACGAAAGCUCAGAUGCUCCUCAAGCGGACCGCACUGACCACACCUUUCACCUCUCCCAAAUCACCCACUACACCAGCACUGACGAGUCGUCGAACGACCAGCGCUCCGCGCGCAAGCCAGUCCUGGAGUGCAGCUGGACUUCCCUCGCCCUGGCCGGCUUCGUGGCGACCGUGGUGGGGGCGCUCAUCGCGCUUGCCAUUGGACACAUGCGCGGCCACGGGCAGGCGCUCUCCCUGGCAUCCAACAAGCUGGACGCAGGACCAAAUCACAACUCCACCACGACGCACGAUGAUCCGGGUGCCUGGACGGACGCCGCCAACGCGCGGAUCAACGACACGGAUCAAGCCAUUAUGUUCGUGCUCAACGUAGACUAGUUAGACGUUUUUAUCCGUCCACAUAAACGCAUUUCUAGAUAAUAGAAACACAA